UGGAAACGUGAAUUCUGGGUAGUUGAUCCUCCCGCAGCCUGGGGCGGGGCGGUCUCAGGCACUUCCGCUCGGGUGGCCAGGUUGCUACAGGCUCUUCCGUCGCUGUGACACUACCAGGCACAGAUCUGCCUCAGCAGGACUCUAUUCCCAGAAUCUGUACAUCUCCAGAAGUAGCAAGAGAAAAUGACCACAUUCAAGGAGGCGGUGACGUUCAAGGACGUGGCUGUGGUCUUCACGGAGGAGGAGCUGGGGCUGCUGGACCCCACCCAGAGGAAGCUGUACCGAGAAGUGAUGCUGGAGAACUUCGGGAACCUGGUCUCUGUGGGGCAUCAACCAUUCAAACGAGAUAUGGUCCACUUGGUAAGGGAAGGAAAGUUUUGGAUGAUGAAGUUAGCAACCCAAGGAAAAGGCAAUUCGGGAGACAAAAUCCAACACAAGAUGGAGACUAUUCCUAAAGUGGAACCACAUGAAGAACUUUCCUGCUGGCAAAUCUGGCAGCAUAUUGCAGAUGACUUAACCUGGUGUCACGACUCCAUGAUAAAGAGUUCUCAAUUCCACAGACAAUGGGAUUUACCCAGCCACGUUGAGGCAGCACGGUCUAUAACCCACACAGGCCAGAAGACUUCCCUGGGAAAUGAGUGCAAAAAGAUCUUUAGUGAUACCUCCCACUGUGAUCUUCAACACAUAAACUCAGGGGAGAAGUCUCACACAUGUCGCGAGUGUGGGAAAUGCUUCUUUUAUAGCUCAGCGCUUCGUAUUCAUCAGAGAGUUCACCUGGGAGAGAAACGGUAUAGGUGUGAGGAGUGCGGUAAGGAAUUCAGUCAGAGCUCAUGCCUGCAAACUCAUCAGAAAAUCCACACCAUAGGGAAGCCAUUCAAAUGUGGGGAAUGUGGGAAAGGCUUCAGUCGUAGAUCAGAACUUAGUAAUCAUUGCAGGUUACACUCGGGAGAGAAACUUUAUAAGUGUGAGGGAUGUGGAAAGGCCUUCAUUAAUGCUUGCCAUCUUCAGGACCAUCAGAGAGUCCAUACCGGGGAGAAGCCAUUCAAGUGUGAUAUCUGUGGUAAGAACUUCCGUCGUAGAUCAGCACUUAAUAGUCAUUGUGUGGUCCACACGGGAGAAAAACCAUACAAGUGUGAGGAGUGUGGGAAGUCCUACACUUGGCGUUCACGUCUUCGUAUCCAUAAGAAGGUCCACAUGGGACAGAAACCAUACAAAUGUGAAGAAUGUGGAAAGAGCUUCUUUUCUAGGACACAUCUUUAUUAUCAUCGGAGGUUCCACACAGAGGAGAAACCUUAUAAUUGUAAGGAAUGUGGGAAGAGCUUCAGGUGGGUCUCACCCCUUUUGACACAUCAGCGAGUCCACAGUGGAGAAAAACCAUUCAAAUGUGAAGAAUGUGGGAAGGGAUUUGGUCAGAAAUCGUGCCUGCAAGCUCAUCAGAAAGUCCACACCAGAGAAAAGCCAUACAAGUGUGAGGAAUGUGGGAAGGGCUACAAGACGAGCUUGGAUCUUGAUGUGCACCAGAGUGUCCAUUUGGGAGAGAACCCAUACACCUGUAGGACAUGUGGUAAGCACUUCACUAGGACCUCAAAUCUUAAAGUUCAUCAGAGAGUCCACACUGGAGAGAAACCGUACAAAUGUAAUGUGUGUGGUAAGGUCUUCAGUCAAUCUGGACAUCUAAAAUCUCAUCAGAGAGUUCACACAGGGGAGAAACCUUACAAGUGUGAGAUAUGCAGUAAGCAGUUCAGUUCCAGUUCGUAUGUUAAAAUUCAUCACAGAAUCCACGUUGAGGAUAAAUCUCAUUCUGUCUCAUAUUGUACCUCCUCACCUAAUCCCUUUCCAACAACACUCCUGUCACAACUGGAGGCAUUUCGAAUUCGGAAGUCGUGUCCAUGGCAUAAUUUCGCUGAGGACUCAGACAGAGUUCUCAGAAAGGGCUGCAAAGAGGUGGAAAGAGUGACUCCCCUGGCUACUGACAGCAAAGUUCCACGCCCCCCACCACGUGCGGUUCUGCCUUCCUGGGAUCUGUGCAACUCUGUGCUCUGCACACUGCCAGAAGUAGGAGGACCCGUGACCAUGUUCAAGGAGGCAGUGACGUUCAAGGACGUGGCUGUGGUCUUCACGGAGGAGGAGCUGGGGCUGCUUGACCCCGCUCAGAAGAAGCUGUAUGGAGACGUGAUGCUGGAGAACUUCCGGAACCUGCUCUCUCUGGGAGGAAAGAUCCAAAAUAAAAUGAAGACUGUUUUAGAAACAGAACCACACAAAGAGCUUUCCUGCUGGCAGAUCUGGCAACAGAUUGCAAGUGACUUAACCCAGUGUGAAGGCUCCAUGAUAAAGAGUUCUCAGUUCCCCAAACAAGGUGAUUCACCUGGACAGGUUGGGGCCCGACUGUCUGAAACUCACACAGGUCAGAAACCUGAUCAGUGCAGUGAAUUUAAGAAAUAUUUCAGUGAUGUCUCCAACUUUGAUCUUCAUCAACAAGCACACUCAGGAGUGAAGUCUCACACAUGUCGUGAGUGUGGAAAAAGCUUCUGUUACAGUUCAGCACUUCAUAUUCAUCAGAGAGUUCACCUGGGAGAGAAACGCUAUAAGUGUGAUGAGUGUGGGAAGGAGUUCAGUCAGAGCUCAUGCCUGCAAACUCAUCAGAAAGUCCACACCGUAGAGAAGCCAUUCAAAUGUGAGCAGUGUGGGAACGGCUUCUGUCGUAGGUCAGCACUUAAUGUUCAUUAUAAAUUGCACAUGGAAGAGAAACCUUAUCGUUGUGACCAAUGUGGAAGGGCCUUCAUUCAUGCUUCCCAUCUUCAGGAACAUCAGCGAAUCCACACCGGGGAGAAGCCCUUCAAAUGUGAUAAAUGCGGUAAGAAUUUUCGUCGUAGAUCGUCACUUAAUAGUCAUUGUAUGGUCCACACGGGAGAAAAACUGUACAAAUGUGAGGAGUGCGGGAAGUGUUUCUUCUGUAGCACAAAUCUUCACAUCCAUCAGAAGGGCCACACGCGAGAGAAACCUUAUAAAUGUGAGGAGUGUGGGAAGGGCUUCAUUCAGCCUUCUCAUUUUCGGGCCCAUCAGAGAAUCCAUACUGGUGAGAAACCAUAUGUAUGCAAAGUGUGUGGUAAAGGCUUCACUAUGAGUUCAAAUCUUCAGGCACAUCAGAGAGUCCACACAGGAGAGAAACCAUACAGAUGCAACGAGUGUGGAAAGAACUUCGGGACGAAAACCCGUUACCAGGUUCAUCUGGUGGUACACACGGGAGAAAGACCCUAUAAAUGUGAAGUAUGUGGGAAGGACUUCAGUCAGAGAGCGUAUCUUCAGUCCCAUCUGAAGACGCACAGUGUGGAGAAACCUUACAAGUGUGAGGAAUGCGGGCAGGGCUUCAAUCAGAGUUCCCGACUUCAGAUUCACCAGCUGAUCCACACCGGAGAGAAGCCACACAAAUGUGAAGAGUGUGGGAAGGGAUUCAAUCGUAGAGCAGAUCUCAAAAUUCACUGCAGAAUCCACACUGGAGAGAAACCGUUUAAUUGUGAGGAGUGUGGGAAAGUAUUCAGGCAGGCCGCGAAUCUUCUGGCACACCAGAGAAUCCACAGCGGAGAGAAACCUUUCAAGUGUGCGGAGUGCGGGAAGAGCUUUGGUCGCAGUUCACACCUGCAAGCCCACCAAAAAGUGCACACUGGAGAAAAGCCGUACAAGUGUGAGGAGUGUGGGAAGGGCUUCAAGUGGAGCUUGAAUCUGGACAUGCAUCAGAGGGUCCACACAGGAGAGAAACCCUACAAGUGUGGGGAGUGUGGGAAGCACUUCAGUCAGGCCUCGAGUCUUAAGGUUCAUCAGAGCGUCCACAGUGAGGAGAAACCGUACAAAUGUGAUGUGUGCGGCAAGGUCUUCAGCCGCUCUUCACAGCUACAGUCUCAUCAGAGAGUUCACACAGGGGAGAAACCUUACAAGUGUGAGACCUGUGGUAAGAGCUUCAGCUGGCGAUCCAACCUUACCAUUCAUCACAGAAUCCACGCCGGUGAUAAAUCUUAUAAAAGCAGUAGGAGUGGUAAGAACAGCAGAGAAUCUACACAGGAAAAUAGUUGCAUAAAAUGAUGUUUUAAAAAGAAAA